UUUUUUUUUCAAAUUUAUUAAACAUUUUGUGUAGAAUAUUUAAUCGAAACCUACAUCAUUUGUAACAAUGAAAGUGGAAUGUGUGAUUGUUUUAAUAUGUUUGUCUCUGAAAGUGCGUGCAAUGUCUGAUUUGAACGAACAGCUAUCAACUGCCAUUAUAAGAGGUAAUAAAACUAUAGUUGAACUUCUCAUAAAUCGUGGCGCUAAUAUUAAUGCAGAAGAUAAAUAUAAACGAACGCCGUUACAUACAGCUGCCUACCUUGGUUGGAAGGAUGUGGCUGAAUUUCUCAUCAAUCAUGGUGCUAAUGUUGGUGCAGAAGACAUUUAUAAAAGUACACCGCUUCAUGAAGCUGCCCGCCUUGUUAAUAAAAGUAUGGUUGAACUUCUCAUAAAUCGUGGGGCUAAUAUUAAUGCAGAAAAUAUAUAUAAAAGAACGCCGCUACAUAAAGCUGCCUACCUUGGUUUGAAGGAUGUGGCUGAAUUUCUCAUCAAUCGUGGUGCUAAUGUUAGUGCAGAAGAUAAAGAUAAACGAACGCCACUACAUGAUAUUGCUGCUUCAAUAUUUCGUGAUAGUUGGAAUAAUUUGGCUGAACUUUUUAUCAAUCAUGGGGCUAAUAUUAGUGCAGAAGAUAAGAAUAAACGAACGCCGCUACAUGAAGCUUCAGCAAAUGAUAAUAUAGAUGUGGCUGAACUUUUAAUAAAUGGUGGGGCUAACAUUACUGCGGAAGAUAAAGAUAAACAAACGCCACUAUAUGCAGCUUCAACAAAUAGUCGCAUUGAAAUGGUUGAACUUCUCAUCAUUCAUGGGGCUAAUAUUACUGCAGAAGAUAAUUUUAAACACACGCCGCUACAUGCAGCUGCAAGAAGAGGUCGGAGCGAUUUAGUUAAACUUUACAUCAGUCAUGGGGCUAAUAUUAAUGCAGAAGAUGAAGAUAAGCGAACGCCACUACAUCUAGCUCCGGAAUAUGGUAAUAAGGAUGUGACUGAACUGCUUAUCAAUUCUGGGGCUAAUAUCAAUGUAGAAGAUAAAGAUAAGCGAACGCCGCUACAUACAGCUUCAGCAAACGGUCGAAAAGAAAUGGUUGAACUUCUCAUCAUUCAUGGGGCUAAUAUUACAGCAGAAGAUAAUUUUAAACAAACGCCACUACAUGCAGCUGCAAGAAAAGGUGAAAAGGAUGUGGCUAAACUUCUCAUCAAUCAUGGGGCUAAUAUCAAUGCAGAAGAUAAAGAUAAACGAACGCCACUACAUGAAGCUUCAGAAAAUUUUCGGAUGGACUCAUCGAGUGGAUUUACCAAUAUAUCUCAAACUUAUCUCCGUAUAAACGAUGUGGUCGAACUUCUCAUCAAUCAUGGGGCUAAUAUUAAUGUGGAAGAUAAAGAUAAACGAACGCCGCUACAUGAAGCUGCACAAAAUAAUGGGAGAGAAGUGACCGAUUUUCUCAUCCAUCAUGGGGCUAACAUUAAUGCAGAAGAUAAAGAUAAACGAACGCCACUACAUGAGGCUUCAGCAAAUAGUUGGAAGUAUGUGGUUGAACAUCUCAUCCUUUUUGGGGCUAAUAUUAAUGCAGAAGAUAAAGAUAAACGAACGCCACUACAUGAAGCUUCAGAAAAUUUUCGAGUGAACCCAAAACUUAACUCUUUUGAUAUCACUCUAACUUUUCUCGAUCGAAGGGAUGCAGCUGAAGUUCUCAUCAACCGUGGAGCUAAUAUAAAUGCAGAAGAUAAAGAUAAACAAACGCCGCUACAUGUAGCUGCAAAAUGGGAUCGGAAGAAAAUGGCUGAACUUCUCAAGAAGAGUGAUGUUAAUUUUUGGGCACAAAAUGAAGAUAAAGUCAUUAAUAAUGGGACUGAUAUUAAUGCAGAAGAAUCACCGCUUUUCGUAACUGUAGACAAUGCUCACAAGGAAAUGGUUAAACUUCUCAUCAAUCGUGGGGCUAAUAUAAAUGCAGAAGAUAAAGAUAAACAAACGCCGCUUCAUGUAGCUGCAAAAAUGGGUAAUAAGGAUGUGACUGAACUGCUUAUCAAUCAUGGGGCUAAUAUCAAUGUAGAAGAUAAAGAUAAAGAGACGCCGCUAUCAAUAGCUACAAAAAACGGUCGAAACAAUGUGGCUGAACUUCUCCGAAAACAUGGGGCUAUGUUAUGAGAGACUAGAUGAUAGGGCUGAAUGUGUGGUGAAAAUACCAUUGUAGCCAAUUGAUUAUUCAAAUUAUAAAAAUACAAAGAAAAUAAAUAUCAAGUACACAUUAUCA